CACAAGACCCGAUAACUCAUUCAGAACGCGCGGGGACAUACUGAGUGACAGCGAUUGUUGCGACAGACUGGAAUGAUUCUGUUCAUGCAUUCUAAGAAACUACUUUCUUUAUCUGCUGAAAACAAUAGGUCUUCACUCUGAAGCGUAUACAUUUGCUUCGACAGACAGGUAUUUGAAAAGAUCCCGUUGGACAACCAAAUGAACCAUCCGCGGAGAGAACGCCUUUCCGACCAACACACGCACCUUCUUGGGAAGAGUGAGCAUUAUGUUUCACUCAUUCGAGAGCAGAAGACUCAUCUCGCCCGGCUGGAUUCAAAAAUGAAAGAGAUACAGGAGAGGAUUUGGGUGAAAAAAAGAGAGAUGGGAGGUCGUCUCUACAUUCAGAAGAGACCCCGACACCAGAUCAAGCACACAGGCAUUAUGGAGAACCGCAUCAAUCAGGCCACAACUUGUUUUGACGUGCUCCUGGCUGAUAAUCAGUUGUUGCGUGAGGACAUCGAUCACCUGCGCAGACAGAGGAACACUCUCGCCACAAUGUUCAAACAGCUAAGCAAGGAGACGCUGCAGCAAAACAGUGAGAUUAAGAAACUGGAGGAAAAAUCGGUCCAAGCUUAUAACCAAAGGUCUGAGGCAUUGGCACGAAUGCUGGCUGUGAAAGAACGCGGGAAGAAGGAUACAGUUCACUAUCACACAGAGAUGAUUGAACUCAAACGCGUCAUUGAUCACGAAAUCAAACUGCGCCGAUUCAUGGAGCAGAAAUCUCAGGAAAACAUUCUUGUGGCUGAGAAUCAGGGGGCAAAAAAGAAAAGUAUUAAUUUCCCCUCAUUUGUCUGUCAUUGCUUCAUCUCUCUUUCUACCUCCAAUUCAUCUCUCAGAGCUGGGGUUUGCAACAAGCCAAAUGAGCCCCAGCAGACGCAGCAUGAGAAAACAGGAGGUGAUAGUAUGGAGACGUACCAGGCCGUACACACACAUAUCAUGGAGUUGACGGGGGAGAGUGACCUCCAGGAAAUUGGUAGAAAGUUUAAGGACAAUGAGAAGAAGAACUUUGCCUGCUUCAGCUACAUUAAUGUGCUCAACAUCGAGGGCACCAGGUUGAGAGAUCGCAUCAACAAACUCAUGAGGGACACCCAGCAGUUUGAACUGAAGAACAAACAGCAUACUGAUCGAUGGCAGGGCCGGCUGCAUGAGCUGGAGGCUGAGCUGGAGCUGAGAUGCUGCAGGGCAAACUCUCUGAUGACCCAGUGUAUGCUGGUGUGUAAAACCCUGGACCAGCUAAGGAAUGCUAUGUCUGACCUCUUCUCUAAAAUGACCUGUGACCCAUCAACCAUCACUGCCAGGCUGGGCUUCAGCACCGAGGUCAAGGAUGACAAUGCUGACCAGUUCCUCAGUAUUCUGGAGGGGCGGGUCCAUGAGUGGUUGAUGGUCUUGGUGGAGUCAGUGUUUAAAGAGGCAGAGGAGCAAGAGCUCCUCCCUCAGAACCUGCUGAUCAGAGGGUGCAGCCUGCUGCCCUCCCCUCGCUCCUCUGCCGCUGAGGUCCCUUUCACUGCCAGCUUUUUGGAUAGAGACAAUGGCACCGUUCUGGAACAAGGCAGUGAGAAGCUGAUGGAUUAUCAGUCCCUGUGCGAGCAGGUUCUCCCCCAGGUGCUGCACACAGAGCAGGGGAAAACCAUUCGCAUGCCUGUCACCCCUCAACGAGGCAGGAAGAGAGUUGGCACUGGUGGCAGAUGACCGCGAGGAGGGCUUUAGUUCCAGCACUCUACCCAUGCUGAGUAGAGCCGGUCUCAUUCCUUCUCAUUGUCAAGCACUGUGUUGUAUUAAAAGUAAU